UGACGUUCUGGAACUUUCGGCGCCUGCUCUCGUCGCGAUGUCGUAGAACCGGCGCGACUCCGGUGUUAGCCGCCAGCAUGUUGGGCUGCCUGGUGGCCGGCAGGCUGGUCCAGACCGACCCGGUGCAGGUGUCUUCAGACAAGUUCGUCUUCGAGCUGCCGGACUACGAGAGCGUCAAGCAUGUGGUGGUCUUCAUGCUCGGCACCGUGCCCUUCCCAGCCGGGACGGGAGGCGCCGUCUACUUCUGCUUCCCGGAUCCCACCGGCGGCGGCGGCGGCGCCGUCUGGCAGCUACUCGGCUUCAUCACCAACGACAAGCCCAGCGCUAUCUUCAAGCUCUCCGGGCUGCGCGCCGCGGACGGCGGGACGGGCCCCUUCGGCUCCGUGGCUCCGGGCUCCGCCGCCCCCUCGGUGGCUCAGGUGGGCGUGUCCGUGGAGCCCCUGGAGCAACUGGCCCAGCAGAGCCCGGCGGCCGGCGCUGCCGUGUCCACCGUGGACUCCUUCCUCCUGUUCACGCAGAAGAUGCUGGACAGCCUCUUCAACUUCGCCUCGUCGUUCGCAGUGACGCAGGCGCAAAUGACGCCGAACCCGAGCGAGACCUUCGUCCCGUCCAGCUGCGUCCUGCGGUGGUACGAGAACUUCCAGCGGCGGCUGGCGCACAACCCCAACUUCUGGAAGAGUUGAGCGGAGUGUGAGCGCGGUCGGCCGGCUCGUGGACUCGGCGGCAACUUGGAGACCUUUGUGUUUUGUGCCCGUGAAAUAAAGAGGGAAGCGCCUUGGCUGUGAUGGAGGAGUGCGCAGUGAUGAACGCCGCGGGUGUCGAGCCCGACCUGUUCGUGACCCGGGGGAGGCGGACCUGGGUUUGAGCCGCGUCAGGACCCGGCACCGCAGCGGAGGGCGAGGCCGACUGUGCGUGCGCUCUCGGUGAUUCACGAGGCGUCACCCUUCAGGGAGGAGCUGACGUGACGAUCAGUUGGCCGUGUUCGUCCGAGCGCGGUUCACUUCCACGCAGAAUGCUGCUUCCGGUGCUGCUCGUUGUUCUGUUCCUGACGCUGCGUCUCCUCCAGCGGACGGUUCUGAAGCGGCCCACGUGUCAAAGUUCCGACGGCAAGACGGUGGUCGUCACUGGUGAGUUCGGGCCGCGCUGCGUGCACCGGUGGCGGGCGCCGCUGGUCCACGUGUGAAUGUUCAGACACCGCCAGGUCACUGGAAACCUCGGUACACAGGACGUAAUAAACGAGCCGAGCCCAGGUGUCCUCCCUUCAUGGUUGCUCAUUCCCUUUGG